UAGUGCCGUGCAAAUUCCGUCGCUUGUGUCAUCCGUGACCGUCAGCGAAGGAUCAAUCGGACCAUAUUUGUGUUAAAAUACUUGUUUUUUAAUAAUUUUACACAAUGUCUCGGCCAGGAGAUAGACCUAAUCAAGCGCAGACGUAUAAACUAGUCGUCGUGGGGGGUGGUGGUGUUGGAAAAAGUGCUAUCACUAUACAAUUUAUCCAGAGCUAUUUCGUGACCGACUACGACCCCACGAUUGAAGACAGCUACACGAAGCAAUGCGUGAUAGACGAUAUUCCCGCGAAAUUGGACAUUCUGGACACGGCGGGUCAGGAGGAGUUCUCCGCCAUGCGCGAACAAUACAUGCGCUCGGGCGAGGGGUUCCUCCUCGUGUUCUCAGUGGCCGAACACUCCAGCUUCGACGAGCUCUACAAGUUCCACAAGCAGAUCCUCCGGGUCAAGGACCGGGACGAGUUCCCCAUGCUCAUGGUGGGGAAUAAAGCUGAUUUGGAGGCGCAGAGAGUGGUAUCACUAGAGGAGGCCCAAGCCCUCUCCCGCCAGCUCAAAGUCCCAUACAUCGAGUGCAGCGCCAAGGCCCGCAUGAACGUCGACCAGGCCUUCCAUGAGCUCGUGCGCCUCGUCCGCCGGUUCCAGGAGGCCGAGAGAGUCCACAUCAAGGCCGAACACGGCAGAAAGAGCAGAAAGUGCGCGAUUUUGUAACGUACGUAAGGUUUUGUGUUCAGAUGCUGUUAAGUCUUUGCUGUAAGUCAAGGUUGGAA